AUGUCCUUCAGGCCACAGGAGAUCUUUCAAGCAAUGAUUCAUUUCCAGCGCGUCAAUUUUGAUGAUUCUCAGUUACCUUUGACUUCUGAAGAUUUGAAAUCCCAGAUCUUUUGUGACUCUGACUAUUACAGAGAACCAUGGUCAGCUUUUCGAGCAAAAGACUUUUGUGGUUCUCAAUGGAACUUCAUUGCACCAGUCUUCGACCACGCUCCAAGCUCUUACAUACUGCAUCCUAAAAGCGUACUUCCAUUUACAAGUGCGACUGGGCAUCUUGCUCCUAAAGGUUCCGGAAACUUUGGCAACGUGUACGAAGUCAUCAUUCAUCCCGCCCAUCUGGAGGGCAUUGUCUCUGCCGGUGAUCGCGAGGCCGGUGCUCGCGUCGCCGUCAAGAAACUUCAUCGCCCCGAGGUCCAAGACGAAGCCCAGGUUCAAGAGCUUGAGAAAGAGUGGAAGAAAGAAAUACAGGCACAUGAAGAGCUCACCACAUGUGGGCACCCCAACAUCAUCAAGUUCAUAGCGGGCAUCACCAGAGCACAGGACCGCUACCUCGUGUGCGAGUGGGCUAGUGGAGGGAACCUGCGCGAGUUUUGGACCAAGAACAAUAGCCGGCCUCUCACCAGGACCAUGGUCAAAGAUGUCAUUUGUCAAAUCCAAGGGAUAGCCGGCGCAUUGAAGGUCAUUCAUGACAGAAAAUACCGGCACGGCGACCUAAAACCAGAGAACAUCGUUCGACUCAAGACUCCGUCACGAAACUCGGUUUCCUCACAGGUUGACGUUGGCCACCUGAAAAUUUUGGACAUGGGCUUGACCAAGUAUCACAGCAUGGCUACCCGGUUUCGAAACCUGGCAACGACCACCAAAUACGCGACCUGGAGAUACGAGCCGCCAGAGGCAUCCAAUAAAGAUCAGCCCUGGUCGCGACGAUACGACAUUUGGUCUGCCGGCUGUGUCAUACUCGAGUUCAUCAUAUGGCUGCUCGAAGGGCCCAAAGGACUGAAAGACUUCAACGACAAGAUUGUGGAUGAGUUCCGUAAAGAAUGCCAUUACUUUGAGUUGAAAAAGGAGAAUGGACAGACUACGUCCAAGGUGCACACAGCAGUGGAACACAAGAUGAAAUCGUUGUCAUCGCAUCCCUGGUGCGAACAAAGUAAAACUGCGCUGGGAGACCUUCUCAAGUUAGUCAGAGACAGACUGCUGGUAGUGACUCUGGACGCACCGGCCUCUGUAAAAGGUAAAAUCCCCCACGAUAGGACACGGGUCCAAGUACGUGCAGAUUCUAGCACCCUUAAAGCGGAACUUGACGAAAUCGUGAGAAGAGGAAAAAUGAACCAAGCCUACUGGUUGAAAGGUAAGACCUUCGAGAAUGUUCCGAAUCUACACCCAGAAACGGCGGUCACUCCUGCGGCUAGCGAGAGCCAUGUUGAAAAUGCCAAAGGCCUGGUCACGACCGAAAGAUCGUCCCCCAUUGUCCCCUUGCUGACAGGAAGCCUAAGAGUAGGUUGA